AUGAAGACCAUCAUCUUUUAUUUCUUUGCUCUCUUCUUCUUCUCUUGGUCUACUUUUGCCGCACCUAUCAUCCCGGAGAACUAUGAUUUGGUCAAGCGUGAACACAGCCAUAUCCAGAAGCAUGACCAGCACCAUGCAGUAUUGGACUCUCAUCACCAACACCCCAAUGCGGCAACGAGCACGCCCAUCGAAUCACAAGUAAACACUCCUCCGAGCACGCAGCCAUCGAAGCGUUCGAUGAUUCCGUCUAUGAACCACUUUGAACGGCGGAACUUUUGGCAAAAGCUCAAAGAUUUCGGCAAAAAGGCGCUCAGCUGGAUUAUCUAA